UGUACAUCACCUCGGCAGUAGAUGUUUUAACGUUUCGCGAUACUUAUAUUCAGUUUGCGAUUAUCUGCGGUUCGGACGGUUGUACUAUUUUGAUAAAUUGGAAGAAAGCUCGGUGCUCGGAAUAAUCCUAACGGAUCACAUUUGACGACUGUAAUGGAAAUAGAACGAGGCCAGACAAAUAACGCAUAUGAAGUUGGUGAUCCUGCAGAAAAUGUGGAAGACGCCAAUGAGGAAGCUAAAAAGAUCAACAGAAGUGAAUCUAAAUUGGAACACAAGAAGAUAAGAUCAAAUAUAAAACGAAGAAUAAGAAAAGCUACCCACCAUGGCUUAAAAGUGGGAAUACACCUUGUUGUCGGGGGAUAUUUCGCCUAUGCGACGUACCAUUAUAUAGAUGUCGCGAACAACGAGUGCGAUUCACUCAAUCCAAAUGAACUAUGUGGCAUUCAGUUCUGCAGUGGAUAUGGGUUACUGAUACUCCUACUGGCAUUCGUUUACCUGGGCAUGUUAUAUUACCAAGUGAUAAAACCGACUGUAGGCAGGACCUUACAUCGGAAUUAUAUUUAUCCAUUUGGAAAAUGGUGGAAGAAUUUCAGCCGAACAAGGCUUGUGUCCGGUAUAAUGAUCAUCAUCCUUCUAAUUUUACUGGCAGUGUUUUUGUACUUCGAAACCAGGGACGAUAGGCAUAAAUUGAGAUCGCUGAUGGCACCAUGUUUACUCAUUUUAGCAGGUUAUGUAUUUUCUUCCAAUCGCAACGCAAUCAAUUGGAGAACCGUAAUCUCCGGAAUAGUAUGCCAAUUUAUUUUGGGUAUCCUGUGCAUUCGAUGGGAUGUUGGCCGUAAAAUCUUCGAAUGCCUUGGCGAUAAAGUAGCCACAUUUCUUGCGUUUAGUAAUGAAGGAAGUCGUUUCGUAUUUGGCGACACAGUAAUCGAUGAAGGAAUUUUCGCUUUUGCGAUUUUGCCUGUGAUAUUUUUCUUCAGUUUCUUUAUUUCAAUUUUGCACUAUUGGGGUGUUAUGCAAUGGAUAGUUAUGAAACUCGGAUGGUUGUUGCAGCAAAUUUUGGGUACAACUGUUUGUGAAAGUGUUACGUCAGCCGCCAAUAUAUUUCUCGGCAUGUCAGAGAGUCCGAUGCUUAUUAGACCAUACCUUAACAAACUUACAUCCAGUGAAUUGCAUUCAAUUAUGGCCUCCGGAUUCGCAACAGUAUCCGGAACGGUAUUGGCAGCAUAUUUGUCCUUUGGCGCUUCGGCAGCACACUUAAUUACCUCAAGUGUCAUGGCAGCCCCGGCAGCACUGGCUUUUUCAAAACUUUAUAUGCCCGAAACGGAAGAGAGUCAAACUUCGUCAAAAAAUAUUCAACUAGAAAAGUCAGAAGACUCUUCAAUAUUGGACGCGGCGUCGAACGGAGCCAACAAUGCCAUACCUAUUGUAGCAGGAAUAAUAGCCAACAUCGUCGCUUUUGUUGCGUUUGUGGCAUUUCUCAAUGGCGUUGUUAACUGGUUAUGUUUUCUAAUUGGCUUGGAAGACAUAGAUUUUGAAUGGAUGUUUUCCAAACUAUUUAUUCCUCUGGUGUGGACGAUGGGUGUACCUUACAAAGACUGUAAUAUUGUAGCAAAAAUUGUAGCCACAAAGUCAAUCAUCAAUGAGUUUGUGGCUUAUGAGCGGCUGGGCGAAUACAUCAAAAGUGGGGAACUGGAUGCUCGCAGUAUUAGCAUAACAACAUUUGCCAUUUGUGGCUUCGCAAAUCCUGGCGCUCUGGGCAUACUCAUUGGCACACUCAGCGCAAUGGCACCGAACAGAAGAUAUGUGAUAACAUCGGUGGCCAUGCGCGCAUUUGUGGUUGGCAGCAUAGUCUGUUUUGUGUCUGCCAGUUUUGCAGGUCUUAUGCUUCAGGAAGAGCAGGAAAGUCGCAUGUACGCUAAAUUCCUUAAUGCACCUGAACGAAAAAAUAUAACAAUUGGCUUUUUUCAAUCCAAAUAAAAAUUUCAAGUUGUAAAUUUAA